CAUUACGCCAUUAUCGACACUGGAGAAGAACUGUUCCUCAGGACAUGCGACAACAGAGGCAUUGGUGGCAUCGGUGUCCUUGUGAACAUGAGCUUUAAUUCAUUCAAAGCCAAGAGCAUUGAUUCAUUCAAAAGAGAAGUGAUAAAGGAAAACCUCAAAGAGAGAAGAGCAUCAGUGUUGGCCGAUGCGGCAGAAGCUGGGAAAAGUAUUUGCAAUGCUUGCCUGUCCUUCGCCAACUACAAGAUGAAGAUGACUGCCCUCCGACGUCUUGAUGGAUCUGUCACAUCUUCCAGAAGGGCAAUGGAGAGGGUUAUUCAUGACUUCUACUUGGAUCUCUUCAACAGCCACGUCCACCUGCCAACAUACCAAAUUCCACAGGCUGGAUAUGUCGUCCCCAAUGUCCUCCCUUCUGAAAUCCGACAAGUCAUUUUGUCAGUAAAGACAUGUAUAGCACCUGGUCCAGAAAAGGUCAGACCUGAACACCUGAAGAAUCUGCUGCUAGUACUCAUCAAUACAGUGGCUCGGCUCUUCACACGCUACCUGUCUGAAUGCAAGGUUCCAUCCCAAGAGAAAGCCAGCAGGACCAUUCUGUUGUACAAGCAGAGAAACAUUCAUGACAUUGGCAACUAUCGCCAAAUCUGCCUGUUGUCCAUC